AGCAGAACUCCCCCUCGACUCACAUCCAUCGUCGAGGCCCACCCUCAAUGACAAGUGUAAAUGUUGCAUAGGCGAAAAGUGCCACCUGACUUGGCCGAAUGAUUACGGUGAAUUUGCCCGGAGCAAGCGCCCAUAAAUUACAACAAACUCGAUCUAGUAUUCUUGAUGCAACGGGGGGCUUAGCUGGGAUAGCUUACUAAAUGCCCUUUGUUGUUACGAUGCUACGGAACGGGCGGUGCUCACUGAUUUCGAAAAGACCCCCCUUCAAUGCCGUGUCGAACUGAUGUGCCCUACCCAGCCACUUUGACGCAGUCAUCCACUUCUCCCCUUCUACCAGAGUUUCACGAGGGGAGGUCUUCGAUAUCUUUCGGGAACCAAAUCUCCUGACUAGAAUUCAUUCGCCGGUGGAGGCUGUAUUAUGCAUCUCCGUACAUAACCCCUCGAUGAUUAGCCGUUUCAGUUCAUCCUUGCUUCUCAGCUUCUUAGAUGGCUUCCCAAAAGGUCCAUGGACAAGUCCUGCAACCAGGCUCGGCUUGCUUGACUUGCAGGCAGCGGAAAACGAAAUGUGAUGGGGUACGCCCCAUUUGCGGUCGCUGCGCUCGACUCGGAAAACAGUGCGCAUUCGAGAACGAGACGAGGAAGCCCAGGACUGAACGAUUGCUCGAUAAAAUUGCACUCCUGGAGAGCAAGAUAGCGGCAUAUGACCCCCAAAAUGCUCAUCUCAGUUAUAACGGCGAUGGUGGAAUGACUUCUCAAGCGUCGUCCUCACGAAAUGUGGCCGACGACCAUGCAAGUAUGGGGCAUCCCCCGUCUGAAGGGUAUCUCGUCCAGGAAUCAGCACUUAGCGCAAUGUCAUCCACCCACUCAAGCUCUUCGUCAUCUCCCAGUACCGGGAGACCCAUGGAGCUCCUCCCCAUUUAUCCUCAAUCCUCGUUUGCCAUGUUGCAUGGUGGAGGAGUGGACGGGGGCGACCUGAAUAUCGUGCACACCUCAUCUGUUGCGUACAAUGCUGUGAUAUCAUGCGAAGUCCUGGAGCACUCUUUGCAUCAAUGGAAUGGCCAGGGCGACGUACCCGAGUUUUUAUGCGAUUACCUGUGAGUGUUCGACCUCUAUCUCGAAAUGUUUAGUCAUCAAAUCAAAAAAUUCCUACUCUGUGUGUCAAUCCGCCCUCAACUCACACACUUCCGAUGCUCAUAUGCAUCG